CGGCCCUUUGUGCCCCACAUCCCCUUUGAUUUCUAUGUCUGCGAAAUGGCUUUUCCCCGCGUGAAACCYGCCGCCGACGAGACGGCCUUCAGUGAGGCCCUGCUGAAGAGAAACCAGGAUCUCGCCCCCACCGCCGCUGAGCAGGCUUCUAUCCUCUCUCUGGUGACCAAAAUAAACAACGUGAUCGACAAUCUCAUYGUCGCGCCGGGAACUUUCGAAGUGCAAAUCGAGGAGGUUCGCCAGGUGGGCUCCUACAAGAAGGGCACCAUGAUGACGGGGCACAACGUGGCCGACCUGGUGGUCAUCCUGAAGAUCCUGCCCACGYUGGAAGCYGUGGCAGCCUUGGGAAACAAGGUGGUGGAGAGCCUGAGGGCGCAGGAUCCCGGCGAAGUCCUGACCAUGCUGACCAACGAGACGGGCUUYGAGAUCAGCUCGGCCGACGCCACGGUGAAGAUCCUCAUCACCACCGUGCCCCCCAACCUCCGCAAACUGGACCCGGAGCUGCACCUGGAUAUCAAAGUGCUGCAGAGCGCUCUGGCUGCCAUCAGGCACGCGCGCUGGUUCGAGGAGAACGCGUCGCAGUCCACAGUGAAGGUCCUAAUCCGGCUGCUGAAGGACCUGAGGAUUCGAUUCCCUGGAUUCGAGCCGCUCACUCCAUGGAUCCUGGACUUGCUGGGGCACUACGCCGUGAUGAACAACCCCACGAGGCAGCCCCUGGCGCUGAACGUCGCCUACAGGCGCUGUCUCCAGAUCCUGGCCGCGGGGCUCUUCCUGCCCGGCUCUGUGGGCAUCACCGACCCCUGCGAGAGCGGCAACUUCCGCGUGCACACCGUCAUGACGCUGGAGCAGCAGGACAUGGUGUGCUACACGGCGCAGACGCUCGUCCGCAUCCUCUCCCACGGCGGCUACAGGAAGAUCCUGGGCCAGGAGGGCGACGCCAGCUACCUGGCUUCCGAGAUGUCCACGUGGGACGGGGUCAUCGUGACGCCUUCCGAGAAGGCCUACGAGAAGCCCCCGGAGAAGAAGGAAGGAGAAGAGGAGGAGGAGAAUCAAGAAGAAACRGCCACAGGGGAGGAGGAGGAGAGCAUGGAGACCCAGGAGUGACGGGCCAGCUUCGCUCCUGCCUCGGACCCGGCCGCCGCGAGGAGCCUCCCCCCGAGCGCGGCGCCGCCGCCCCCGCCUUGUGUCUGUGCUGGUUUUUUAAUAAGUUGUCAUUA